AGUCUCCCGGUUUCUAGCCUGAUGCCUUAACCAAAGAUUUUGCUUCCUGCAAGACAGGUUCUUUAAUGCAGUUACACAGAACAGCGAGUCUCUUUGUGCGCGUGCAUACAAUAUUAAGGCGUCAAGUGAUCUGAGAAUGAGUAGCACCUGUCAGGACUGCAACAGGAAGCAGAGGUUGGAGGGAAUGAGGGAUGUCGCAGAGAGCUCUAAGUCGAUAGCGCUGCCAGCCACCAGUUCGUAAGGACGAGGAGCUUCUUUCGGAACAGCCCCAGCGACUCUCUUUCGCAGAGCGCAAAACGAGAAGGCAACGACAAAAAGGCUGCUUGCCAGCCGCGAAGGUUGUCUGGCGAGUGCUCUGGAGAAGGGCGAAAAGCGCGCGCGAGGGUUUCUCCUCGCCCCCUUUUUAAGCCUGGAGAGAAGAUCAGGAUAGACUCCUCGAGCAUCCCCAGAAUCAGAGCCCCAAAGAUUGGAAUGACAUCAGCUGUUCGUCUUCAAAAAGACGCUGUUCUAUUGGCUGACUGGCAGAGCUUUCUUGGCGAAUGAGCGUGCGGCAGGGCUGCAGGCCGGGCUGGCUGACGUGCGAGCUCCAGUCACUUUGCCGUAUGGGGGUUUAUUUUGCUUUGGGCCACUCCAGCCGCCGCCAUUAGGCGAGCAGGGAUAGGUUACGGGGUGGCGGGAUCGCCUUCGCUCGUCCUUUGACUCCCCCUCCCGUUUGGGUGGUAGCGUCCUUCGACUAACUACGUCCUUCGAGCCACCCAGGAAGAAACCAUGUCCUGAGCCGGGGGGGAGCAGGAGGCCGCAACUAGCCGCAGCUUGCGGUGCGGCGCAGUGCAUGGGUGGGUGGGAUGUGGAUGAGGGGCACGGGCGGCAGCUGCUGAGGAGACGGUCGCGGGAUCCAGGGACAGCCUUGCAAGGUAAAGAGAUUCUGCUUAAACAAACACCAUUAUGGUCUGGGCUGCUUUGGCUUGCAUUCAUUGAUGGAACAGUGGAUUCUGGAUUGUACCAGCAAGUUCUACAGAAGAAUGUCAGGGUAUCCAUCAAUGAGCUGAAGCUUAAGUGAAAGAAAAGCUGUUUACAUAGUGCUGGUGGUCAUUCUUCGUAGUUCCUGCUGAAGUGGAUAAAAACUGAGACAGCAUGGAGACGAAAUAGACUUCAUUAUAGAAAAAUUUCUUCCUGAAAUAAUUUGCUUCAAAGAGUGCAGGAUGACAGAUCGUGGAAUAAAAUGGGCUUGUGAGUAUUGUACAUAUGAAAACUGGCCAUCUGCGAUCAAGUGUACCAUGUGCCGUGCUCAGAGACCUAGUGGAACUAUUAUCACAGAAGAUCCAUUUAAAAGUAGUUCAAGUGAUGUUGGUAGAGACUGGGAUCCUGCAGGUAUUGAAGGAGGCAGCAGUCCUUUGAUAUGUCCAGAUUCUAGUGCAAGACCAAGAGUUAAGUCAUCCUACAGCAUGGAAAGUGCAAAUAAGUGGUCAUGUCACAUGUGCACUUACUUGAACUGGCCUCGUGCAAUAAGGUGUACUCAAUGUUUGUCUCAGCGUAGGACCAGGAGCCCCACAGAAUCCCCUCAGUCUUCAGGAUCUGGUACAAGGCCAGCUCCUUUUCCUGUGGAUCCUUGUGAAGAAUACAAUGAUAGAAAUAAAUUGAAUAUAAGGACACAACACUGGACUUGUUCUGUUUGUACAUAUGAGAAUUGGGCUAAGGCCAGAAAAUGUGUUGUCUGUGAUCAUCCAAGGCCCAACAACAUUGAAGCAAUAGAACUAGCAGAAACAGAAGAGGCUUCUUCAAUAAUAAAUGAGCAAGAAAGAACUCGUUGGAGAGGAAGCUGCAGUAGUGGAAAUAGCCAAAGAAGAUCACCUCCUACCACCAAACGAGAAUCUGAAGUGAAAAUGGACUUUCAGAGAAUUGAAGUGGCUGGAGCUGUUGGCAGCAAAGAAGAACUUGAAGUUGAUUUCAAAAAACUAAAACAAAUAAAAAACAGAAUGAAGAAGACUGACUGGUUGUUUCUCAAUGCUUGUGUUGGGGUUGUAGAAGGUGACCUAGCUGCUGUUGAAGCUUACAAGUCAUCAGGAGGAGAUAUUGCACGCCAGCUUACUGCAGAUGAAGUACGCUUGUUAAAUCGUCCGUCUGCUUUUGAUGUGGGAUACACGCUAGUUCACCUUGCAAUACGUUUUCAAAGACAAGAUAUGUUAGCAGUUCUGCUUACAGAGGUGUCCCAACAUGCAGCUAAGUGCAUUCCUGCCAUGGUGUGCCCAGAGCUUACUGAACAAAUCCGGCGUGAAAUUGCUGCAUCUCUUCAUCAGCGGAAGGGAGAUUUUGCUUGCUAUUUCCUAACUGACCUUGUUACAUUUACAUUACCUGCUGAUAUUGAAGAUUUGCCACCAACAGUCCAAGAGAAACUAUUCGAUGAAGUACUUGAUAGGGAUGUUCAAAAAGAACUAGAAGAAGAAUCUCCCAUUAUAAACUGGUCACUGGAAUUGGGUACACGUUUGGACAGUAGACUUUAUGCACUUUGGAAUCGGACUGCAGGAGAUUGCCUGCUUGAUUCAGUACUACAAGCUACCUGGGGCAUUUAUGAUAAGGAUUCGGUGCUACGUAAAGCUCUUCAUGACAGUUUACAUGAUUGUUCUCAUUGGUUCUAUACUCGAUGGAAAGAAUGGGAAUCAUGGUAUUCUCAAAGCUUUGGUUUACACUUCUCACUGCGAGAAGAACAGUGGCAGGAAGACUGGGCAUUUAUACUUUCUCUUGCUAGUCAGCCUGGAGCAAGUUUGGAACAGACACACAUUUUUGUACUUGCACAUAUUCUUAGAAGACCAAUUAUAGUUUAUGGAGUUAAAUAUUAUAAGAGUUUCCGAGGAGAAACUUUAGGAUAUACUCGUUUUCAAGGUGUAUAUUUGCCUUUGUUAUGGGAACAGAGUUUUUGUUGGAAGAGCCCUAUUGCUCUGGGCUACACAAGGGGCCACUUCUCUGCUUUGGUUGCCAUGGAGAAUGAUGGCUAUGGCAAUCGAGGUGCUGGUGCUAACUUAAACACUGAUGAUGAUGUUACUAUUACUUUUUUACCAUUGGUUGACAGUGAAAGGAAGCUGCUGCACAUUCACUUCCUGUCUGCUCAAGAGAUUGGUAAUGAGGAACAGCAAGAGAAGCUGCUUAGGGAGUGGCUGGACUGUUGUGUGACAGAGGGUGGAGUCCUGGUUGCUAUGCAGAAAAGCUCUCGCCGGCGCAACCAUCCCCUGGUAACGCAGAUGGUAGAGAAAUGGCUCGACCGCUAUAGACAAAUCCGCCCCUGUACAUCCCUUUCAGAUGGAGAGGAAGAUGAAGAUGAUGAUGAUGAAUGAAAAAAAAAUUUGAGAUACCUAGAUGCAUAUAAUGUAUGGUGACAACCCCAGCUCUUGGAGCAGUCUAGCAAUUUGUUGCAUGGUGACCCAACUGUAGCAGGAAACAUCCUGCAUAGGAUUUUUAAUCAGCAUGGGAAGAAUUCAGAGGCUCAUCUGAUGCAAGAAGGAAGUAUGUUGGUUGGACUCAUUUGUAUAAAAGAAAAAAGAAAAGACAGCAAAGCCCUAAUUUUAUUACCAAGACAGAAAGCAUUUUUCCAGUUGUACAUCUGCCCUUAAAUGUACCACGUGUGGUCGUGUAAGAAAGUUGUGUAAUAGGAAAAAAGUGUAACCAGCAUCUUAAAAUUAUUGAAGGAAAUUCUUUUGAAUAAGGGCACUUAAAAGCACAUUGUUGAUUAAUAUCCCUUCCUUUUGAGACUUACAGUAAAACUUGAUUAUUUUGCAUCACUUUUUAAGCAUUCUGACAUAUUUCCUUGAAAUAACAUUUUAUAUGAAAUCUUGCUAAUGCCCAGGUCAGAUCAGCAGAUCAUGUGGCUUUUUUUUUUCUUUUUGUUGAUGCCAUAUAUCCAGAGUAACUCAUACAUGUUAAAAAUGUAUUGUUCUGUUAAGAUUUAAUAUUGUGCCCAUUACAGUAUAAUAAAAUGAAAUUUUAAAGGGAAAACAUAUGGAAGGGAUGAUAAAUUUUGACUAAGUGAACUGUUUUCUGUAAAGACUUCUCUACUAUCCAUUACUACUUUGUAUCACAACUUUGGAAUAGUUUCUCUCCCCUUUCAGCCUACUUAAAAUAGUAAAAAAAAAAAAAAUGCUGUUCC